AUGGAGACGCCUGAGGCAACGUGGGGCUCAACCCGCACCCCUAGUUCGCAACCCGCCUCCCACCCAUCCACGCGCUCCUCGCCCUCGCCCUCAUCGCGUUCCCACCAGUCAAGCCGGACGACAGAGCAGACGCCGCUGCUUGCCCAAGAUGACCGAAGUGACCAUGGCGAGUCAGACACCGAGCAGCACACACCCGCCGCCCGCUCGUUGUUGCGCACCCUGAGCGGCUCGUCUGGGAGCGGCAGCAAGGCCCCGCUGUGGAAGAGGCGGUGGCCGAGCCUGCUCGCACUCGUCAUGCUGUGUCUGCUUGUCAUAGCCAUCCUGCUCGGAUUCCUGGCCACAGAGGGGAUCGAGGAAUACGCCAUGCAGGCCGCCGACUUCCAGCCCACCAAGCUGUCGCUGGACGGCUUGACAGACCACGGCGCCCAGAUCCAUGUCGAGGGAGACUUCAGCAUGGAUGCGUCAAGAGUGCAGAGGAAGAGUGUGCGCAAUCUGGGCCGCUUCGGAACAUGGAUAGCCAGAGAGGUCGAGAGCGGGCCAACCGAUGUCGAUAUUCGGCUUCCAGAGUACAGCAAUGUGCUCGUGAGCACCGUCCAGGUGCCGGGCCUCAAGGUCAGCAUCCGAAACGGACACACGACCCAUGUUACUUUCGUUGCCACGCUGCAACCCGGCUCGCCUGAGGGGAUUCGCAAUGUUGCCCACGACUGGAUUCAUGGCCGACUACACGAGAUCAAGGUCAAGGGCAAAGCUACCGUUCCCCUCAGGUCCGGCCUCAUCAACAUUGGCAGGCAGAUGGUAGAGCGGUCUAUGGUCUUCCAAGGAGCUGAUGUGCCAACCCUGCCGCAUUACAACAUCACAAAGUUGAACUUGCGCGAGGCCAAGCACGGCCGGAAAGGCUUGGGCGCCGAUGCCUCGCUCGUCGUCACAAACGACUUUCCCCUCCAAAUCACCCUUCCACCUGUCGCCGUCGACGUGCUCAUUGAUGGAUGCGCUCCAUCGGACAAACACAUCAUGGUGGGAACAGCCGAGACGGGCGAAUUGAGAGUGAGACCAAGAUUGCCGGUCCACAUCGACGUGACGGGCAACGUGGAGAAGCUUUCGGAGCCCUUGACUGAGGUUUGUCCCAACUCGGCCAAGUCUCCACUGGACGCCUUUCUGGGCGACUAUGUCAAGGGCGAGGAUGCGACCAUCUACAUAAACUGCUGCAAGUUUCCUGAUCCAGCGACACCCGCUUGGGCUCGCGACUUGCUACAGGACAUCACCCUUCCCGUGCCCUUUGCCGGCCGCGAUAUGGGUAACCUGAUUAAGAACUUCUCGCUCGCCCAAGUGCACUUCUCUCUGCCGAGUCCGUGGGCUGAGCCAGGAACUCCAGACGCUUCGCCCAAGAUUUCUGCCAUCGUCAAGGUAGAUAUUGGGCUGCCACACGAGAUGAAUUUUCCGCUCCAUGUCAACCAGGUCAAAGCGGAUGCGGACAUCUUCUACCACAAGAAGCUGCUUGGAAAGCUAAAUUUGGACAAAUGGCAAAAGGCCAACUCGACAAGAAUAGAAGGUCAAGGUUCAGAGGGCCCUCUCUUGCUUGUUGAAUCGGACAUUAGAGAGGCACCCAUCGAUAUCCUCGAUGACGACCUGUUCAGCCAAGUGGUACAGGCUCUGCUCUUUGGUGGCAAGCCCGUGUUUAUGGAUAUCAAGGCUGCUGUCAGUGUGGGGAUAGAGACUCCCAUGGGUAAACUCGCCGUACGAGACAUUCCCGCACAGGGGGUCGUACCAGUCAAACCAAUUCGGGGCGGUGGCAAAGGCGACAAAGGCGACGAUAGUGGAAGCAAGCUCAGCGGAUUGAAUCUCGGAAUCGGAAACCUAUCCAUUGUGGACACGUCGCCGACUUCGAUCACGCUGCAAGCCUAUGUGAAUCUGACGAAUCCUACGAAUUAUUCGGCGACAGUGCCCUAUUUCGACAUUAAUAUAUUGGUCAAUGAAACACAUAUCGGACAUGCUACUGCGAGGGAUAUCGAGAUUCAUCCUGGGAACAAUACCAAUCUGUUGGUGUCAGCUGUCUGGGAUCCCAUGACCAACGGAGGCGCAAAGGGCAAGCAAGUGGGCGCAGAGCUACUCUCACAAUACGUUUCGGGUUUCAACACGUCCGUGACCCUUCAAGCCCACAAUGGGACCAUACCCGCCCAGCCUGGCCUAGGAAACCUCCUCUCCCAUUUCCCUGUCACCCUCCCAGCCCCUCAUCUCUCCACGCCCAAAGCACCCUCGGAUGACCCAGAUGAGCCGUCGGAGCCAGAAGACGACGGAAAAUCCCACUUCAUCCAUGAUGCAACGAUGCACCUCAUCACUUCGACAGCCAUCUUCACCCUGGCCUCCCCCUUCUCCGCAACCACCUUGUACAUCACUAGACUCAACGCCACGGCUUACUACGACGGUCAGCCCUCUGGAAAGAUACUGUACGAAUUGCCAUUUGCCGUCCCCCCUGGAUUAAGUGAGACACCCCGACUGCCGGUGGAGUGGUCUUUGGGAUCCGUAGGAUACGGAGCGAUCAAGCAGGCGUUGGGGGGCAAGUUGAAGCUGAGUGCAUUUGCACAUGUGGGGAUUAGGAUUGGGGAGUGGCGAGAGAGCAUCUGGUUCAAGGGCGGCCAGAUUGGGGCGAAUGUGAGGCUAUAG